AAGAAGUUUAAAUUGUAGUUGAUUAAAAAAAUAUAUCAAAAGAGUUUCUCGUGAUAGCGGUGUAUUGUUGGUUAUUUUUCAAUAUAAAUUUUUUUAUAAAACUUAGUGACUGAAAAGUAUAUAAAAAUGGUAUCACUAAAUCCCAUCAGAAUAUUGAAAAAUGAGGCUGAAGAGGAGAAAGCCGAAGUUGCUCGUAUGUCUAGCUUCAUCGGGGCUAUCGCAAUUGGCGACUUAGUCAAAAGCACCCUUGGUCCGAAAGGAAUGGACAAGAUUUUAGUAUCUUAUGGACGAAACGCUGGACAGGUUGAAGUAACAAAUGAUGGUGCUACUAUUUUGAAGUCUGUGGGAGUAGACAACCCCGCAGCUAAAAUAUUAGUCGAUAUGUCGAAAGUUCAAGACGAUGAAGUAGGAGAUGGAACCACAUCAGUAACAGUUUUGGCUGCUGAACUACUACGUGAGGCAGAGAAAUUGAUAGAGCAAAAGCUUCAUCCUCAAACUAUAAUAGCUGGUUGGCGCAUAGCCGUUGAAGCAGCAAAGCAAGCUUUGGCUGACGCUAGUUUCGAUCACCAGAAGAACUUUAAUGAAUCAGCGCUUAGGGCAGAUUUGGAGAAUAUUGCUCGCACAACUUUAAGUUCCAAAAUUCUAUCCAACCACAAGGAACAUUUCACAAAAUUAGCUGUAGAUGCAGUUCUUAGGCUCAAAGGUUCAGGUAAUUUGAAGGCUAUCCAAAUUAUCAAGAUAUCAGGUGGUGUUCUGGAAGAAUCUUUUUUGGAUGAGGGAUUCCUUUUGAAUAAAAAGGUGGGAGUACAUCAACCUAAACGGAUUGAAAAUGCUAACAUUUUGAUCGCAAACACACCUAUGGACACUGACAAAAUUAAAGUUUUUGGUUCCACAAUUAAAGUGGAUUCAAUGGCAAAAAUUGCUGAACUCGAAGUAGCUGAGAAAGAAAAAAUGAAGGACAAAGUUAACAAAAUCCUGGCUCACAAAUGCAAUGUGUUCAUUAACAGACAACUUAUUUACAACUACCCAGAACAAUUAUUUGCUGAUGCUGGAGUUAUGGCUAUUGAACAUGCAGACUUUGAUGGUAUUGAACGUCUUGCCCUUGUUACGGGUGGAGAAAUUGUGUCAACAUUUGAUUCACCUGAUAAAGUUAAACUGGGACACUGCAAAGUCAUUGAACAGGUGCUCAUUGGAGACGAGUGCCUCAUUCGUUUCUCCGGAGUGGAGUUGGGAGCGGCGUGCACGAUUGUGAUCCGCGGCGCCACACAACAGGUCAUCGACGAGGCGGAGCGCUCUCUGCACGACGCGCUGUGCGUGCUCGCUGCCACUGUCAAGGAACCUAAAGUUAUUUUCGGAGGAGGCUCUAGCGAGAUGUUAAUGGCUGAAGCAGUGUCGCGUGCCGUGGCCCGCACGGCCGGCAAGGAAGCGGCGGCCGCCGAGGCGUUCGCGAUCGCCCUCCGCCGCCUGCCCGCCGCCGUCGCCGACAACGCCGGCUACGACAGCGCCGACCUCAUCGCCCGUCUGCGCGCGCACCACGCCCAGGGCGAGACCACCAUGGGACUUGACAUGGAGAAUGGUCGUGUAGGUGACAUGAAGAAGCUCGGUAUCACAGAGUCAUACGUCGUCAAACGUCAAGUAUUAUUAUCGGCGUCUGAGGCGGCUGAAGUCAUUCUUCGUGUGGACAACAUAUUAAAAGCAGCGCCUCGCCGUCGCGGCCCUGAUCGCCGUCCUUGCUAAAUAUUAAAAAAAUAUAUUUUAGUAAGAGAACCAUAAUAAAAUUGAUGAGCUUGUAAGGUUACAUGGAAAGCAUUUGGUGCGAAAGUAUAGUGUCACAGAUGGUUCUCAAAUUUUUUAUAUACUAAUUUGUUUGUCACCUUUAUUAAUUGAACUUUACGAUCUUAGCUUACAUUUCAAGUACUGCGAAUUUGCUUGUGUCUCGUUUAAAAUGUAUUAAUUACAGGUAAUUAUACCUGUUUUAUACUGUAACAAUGAUAGGUUUCCUUCUAGUGAAGCUAGCUGCAUUUUAAGUUUAGAAGAUAUUAUUUUAUUUCACAAUUAAUUUAACUUCUAUGUUUGGCUGAUGUUGCCUUAUGUAUUUACUUAAUAAUAAAAAACUUACAAAU